AUGGCGCGCGGCUCCGCGAGGCGCCGCCAGCCAGUCGCAGUCAUUGCAGCUGCUUGCCUGGCUGGUUGGGUCGGACUGGCGCGAGCGCAAGCCUGGAACCUGCCAGUGGGCCGGCGUGCCAGCCUGGCGGCAGCCGUUGGCGCGUUCGGUCUUCCAGUCUCCGCUCUGGCAGGAACCGGCGAUGGCAAGAGGAGGAACCUGGAUGCCUCGGAGGUUGCUAAGAUAGUGCGUGACGAUUUAGUAGCUCGCCAGUUUCUGGCCACAGCAGACUUCAGUCCAGAAAUUUACGAUGAAGCCUGCACCUUCACCGACGAGAUCGAUACAUACCAGAAAGACAAGUUCAUCAAAGGCACUAAGGCGCUCUUCGUCGCGUCCGAGUCCAACGUGCAGCUUGUCGGUGAUGUCGACAUCUUAGAGGGCGGCAAAAAGCUCCAAUUCCGCUUUCAAGAAAGCCUAGCGUUCAACUUCCCGAUCGUACAUCCCAAGGUGACUUUGUCAGGGACUUGCACGUUGACACGGGGAGAGGACGGAUUAAUUGUGGCUUACAGGGAGAAAUGGGACCAGUCAAUACCCGAAGUGCUCCGGUCGGCAAGGGUAUGA